AGAAGCUCACUCGCCAAGGCGAGCAGCUCACAGGAAAGCAGGCCAGAGCCCCCAGUGUUGUGGGGUAUGGCAGAAAGGAAGUGGCAAGAUGAUGGGUCGAGGACAUGCCAAGAGAACGUUGGGCUUGGCUCCUGGCUCAGAGUGAGUGUUUAGGGCACGUCUGUGGCCUGCACUCUGUGGCUGAGAUGCUGUGCCCAUCUGCUUACGGGCCUGGCUUUGGCAGAAGACUCUGAGUUUCUCCAGCCUGGCUCAGUCCCUGGCACAGAGGAAAGCUGGACAGCCUGGAUGAACCACGCCUUCGCACCUGCUCCUCCGGAGAUGCAGCCACACAGGGCUCCAGGCCCCAGAACAUCUUUCUCUCACAGCCACAUGCUGGGGCACCACACCCACCAAAAGCUCACUGCAGAUGUGUCCCCCCUCAUCCCUGUCAUCAAGAAGACUGGGCGUUUGGAUGCCUUCCCCCAAAGCAGUGUCCUAGAGAAUUCCAAACAGCCAAGCAUUAGAUCCAGGGCCUGUAGUAUGUCCCAACAGGGCACUGCCACGGGGUCCCUGAGUUCCAUGCCUCCCAAUAGCUUUAUGCCCAGGAAACUCAGCUCUAUUUCCUUAACAAUACACCAGAAUGUCCAAACGCGGCCCUUAGAUGCCUCACUUUCUCAUUGGGAAGAAUUGCCCAGUUUGCACAAGGAGGCUGUCACCCACAGAGAAGGGAGGCUGUCUGCUUCAAGUUUGCCACUCAUGGCUCAUGUGCCACAGGUCAGGACCUCCUCUGAAGGCCAUGGGAACCCAGAACUUACCAAAGCCAGCAGAACACCCACAGGGAAUAAACCUCUGGUGUCUUCAUGCCUGACUUUACCUUUCCAAGCUCAGUUCAUUCAGAGUUCGUCAAGCCUCCCGGGGCCAGGUCCCAUGGGACAAGUCCCUUCCAGAGCCUCUCCAGGAAGAGGCAAGUGCAGGCCCAGGGGUAUUCCCAGAUCCCGAGCAUACCUCCAAAGGGCUACCUCGGCUGCAAAUGUGUCUGUUGUGAGCACAAAACUAGAUAAAGCCAGACAUAUAGGCACAGUGGCUCUCCACAGACCGGAAUUGGCUAUCAAUAUGCCUACACUAAACCAGUCCAGACUGGUCAGAAGCGCAGAGCUUCCUGUUCUGGAUGCCAGGAUGGACCUGGCCACCAACUUACCUGUAGUAUCCAAGUCAGGAAAAGUGACAGACUCAAUUGCAGCAGGCACAGCCAGGGAUUUAGCUAGAGCAGUGACAACCAAGUCAGGCCAGGUUCCGAAUUUGGUAACUGCAGCAUCAGACAAGCAGGAAAGUGUCAAGCUUUUGACCACGGGGAACUCAAACGUGGCUUUGCCAACAUCGGAUGAGGCCAAGCAGGGCAUAACCAGGUUGGACACAGUCAAAGCUUUGGCCAGAGCCACCGUAGGCAGGCCGGACACAAUGACAGAUUCUCCUGCACUGGAGACAAGCAGACUAGGUACAGCCAUGGAUUCAGUUGUGCUGGUCUGCCCAGACCCAGCCAGUAGUGAGACCAAGCCACACACUGUCAACAAUGGGACUAUCAGAGACACGGUUACCUAUGCUACCUCUCCUCAAAAGCCGAGCAGAAGCACAGACCCAGCCCAGGACCAUGGAGCUGUGGGUGCUUCCACAGACAGCCUCAAGGAACCCACCUCGCUGGACCUGGCCCCAGAACCCAAAGGGCUCCCAGAGGCUAGGACGGACGCAGCCAUGUCUGAGCUGGUACCUGAGCCCAGGCCUAAGCCGGCGGUGCCCAUGAAGCCGGUCAGCAUCAACUCCAACCUGCUAGGCUACAUUGGCAUUGACACCAUUAUCGAGCAGAUGCGCAAGAAGACCAUGAAGACUGGCUUUGACUUCAACAUCAUGGUCGUUGGCCAGAGUGGACUGGGCAAGUCAACACUGGUCAACACCCUCUUCAAGUCCCAAGUGAGCCGAAAGGCCUCCAGCUGGAACCGGGAGGAGAAGAUCCCCAAGACAGUGGAGAUCAAAGCGAUUGGGCAUGUGAUAGAGGAAGGUGGUGUCAAAAUGAAGCUGACAGUCAUCGACACACCAGGCUUUGGAGACCAGAUCAACAAUGAAAACUGCUGGGAGCCCAUUGAGAAAUACAUCAACGAACAGUACGAAAAGUUCCUGAAGGAGGAGGUGAACAUUGCCAGGAAGAAACGCAUCCCUGACACCCGUGUCCACUGCUGCCUCUACUUCAUCUCCCCGACAGGACACUCCUUACGACCACUGGAUCUUGAGUUCAUGAAACAUCUCAGCAAAGUGGUGAACAUCAUUCCUGUCAUUGCCAAGGCUGAUACCAUGACCCUGGAGGAGAAGUCGGAAUUCAAGCAGAGGGUUCGCAAAGAACUUGAAGUAAACGGCAUUGAAUUCUACCCUCAGAAGGAAUUUGAUGAGGAUUUGGAGGACAAGACAGAGAAUGACAAAAUCCGGCAGGAGAGCAUGCCCUUCGCCGUGGUGGGGAGUGACAAGGAGUACCAAGUGAACGGCAAGAGGGUCCUCGGGAGGAAAACACCCUGGGGGAUCAUCGAAGUGGAAAACCUCAACCACUGUGAGUUUGCCCUGCUCCGAGACUUCGUCAUCAGGACUCACCUCCAGGACCUCAAAGAAGUAACACACAACAUCCACUAUGAGACUUACAGGGCCAAGAGGCUCAAUGACAAUGGAGGCCUCCCUCCGGUGAGCGUGGACACAGAGGAAAGCCACGACAGUAACCCGUGAUGAGCCCUUCUCUGUGUUAUCAUACAUAUCCCCCUUCUCCAAACACACACACAUCCUAGAUACCACCUCCAGCCACCACCUCCUCUCAGCUCUGUCCCCCAGGCCUGUCUGGUAUUUGUGCAGUAUUUUGUCUAGUGUGUGUGUGUGUGUGUGUGUGUGUGUGUGUGUGUGUGUGUGUAUGUAUGUGUGUAUGUGUGUGAUGGAGAGUGCCUGCGUGUAUGUGUGUGUGAUGGAGAGUGCCUGUGUGUGUGUAUGCAUGUGUGUGUAUGUAUGCGUGUACUCAGGGGUGAGGUAUUUUCAUUGCCCUCUUUGGAAAGUCCUUUGUAAGUCUGCUUUCUCCAUGACUCUCCAUUCUGUCUCCUUUUUUCUUGUGCUCCAGAACAAAAAGCUGUGCGCCUCACUCAAGAGGUCUGGGGAAGGUUUUAAUUUAUAAUGCUGGGAGCAGGUGAGCCACAGGCAACUCUUUCUUACUUCUGACCCACCCACAAACUGGGGCUGCAAGUAUUCUUCAUGGACUGGUGGCUGAGCUAGCCUGUGGUGGGCUGUGGGAGCUCAGAACAACUUUUCACUGUAAGUUGAGGUAAUCUGGAGGAAGGCUAGGACUUCUUGGGGAAACAGAAGAUUCGUGGGGAGCAGAGAAGAAAGCUGAGGGGCUCCUGCAGAAUUGGUGUCUGAAAAUGGAGCUCCACCCUUGUGUCUAUGUUGGGGUCACUGUCAAACAGCGGAUCAUCACCGCUGCAAACCACUGCUUUCUGUGCCCGCCUUCCCUGUAUUUCCAGGCUGGUUGGUUGCUUCCUCGUCCUGAUUUCUCUUCUCCCUCCCCAGCGUCCUUUGCCUCCUUUCUUCAUAUAUAUUCAUGCAUUCACCCCAUUUCCUGCCUGUCUCUGACCUUUUAUCUCCUUUUAGAGUCAUCUAUGUUAGCUUCCUUUCUAUAUUUAGAAAUCAUGCCCAGACUUUCUAAAUUGACUUUCUAUUACCCUAAGAUAGAAUCACAGCUAGGGGCUGAAGAGAUGGCUCUGUGCUUCGGGGGACCUUUUGCUCUUGCAGAGGACCCAGGUUCAGUUCCCAGCACCUUCUUGGUAGCUUACAGUUAUCUGUGACUCCAGUUCCAGAGGACCUGACACCCUCUUUUAGCCUCUAUGAGCAUGGUGUACAUACAUACACAUAGACAAGCACUCAUACGCAUAAGAUAAAAAAAAAAAAAACCCUUAAAAGAAUAAGAUCCUAAGUAAAAGCAUGGGGCAGGGCAUGCCGAGAUUGCAAGAGAAUUCAGUUAUAGAGAAGAUGACUAGGAAAGCCAGUUUCUGCAGCUGACCACUGAAAUUUGCUCUGACUUGGGAAUAGCCUGGGGAAAUGGGAGAAUUUGGUAGCUUGGGCUGCUCUGGGUGUUCUGUUCAAGAAGCACAUCUAUUGGGCAAAUGAGGCAAACUUUAGGUGGAGGAAAUUAUAUUCACAAACUAAUUCUGAAGAAUCGGAAAAAAUAUACAGAGUUUCUUAGGCGGCUGGACUUGUGAGACAAACUAACACAGUUUCCCGUUUUCUAGCAGCCUUCUGUCCAUGUUAAGCUGGCUUCUCUGUGGCUUUGUUUCUUACAAACCCAACUCACUCUUUCUCUGUUCUCAUUUGUCUGUCUGUCUUUCUCGGCUUCUCCCCUCCCUGCAUUCUCUCACCAUCCAAUCCUGUAGAUGUUCCCAGGAAUACCCACAGCCAUACAUUUAGCCUUCUCUUGCCUUCUCAGGAGCCUUGUAUUUAUUAAUGCAUACUUUAACUGCUCCUUGCACAUUCAAGUUUUUUUUUUUUCCCUACAGUUUCUAAGGCUGCUUUAAGGAAAGCCAUUUAGCCAUAGGAAAGGGAAGAUACCACAAAAUUCUGUUUAGAACUGAUCUAUCCACUAUGCCACCUCCCGGUCCAGCCUGGGUGUAGAACUGGUCUUCACUGACUUCAGCCCUUUAUUACCCAGUCACUAGGAAAACAAACACACAGACAAACAAAAAACAAAAAGAGAUGGAAGACCCACAAUUCAGUGGACCAAGCAGAAGUGGUCCUAAUCCUAUGGUCUUAGCCUUUCCUGGAGACUGCUCUGUCUCUAGUCCUCAUCUAUAACGUCACUAAAGAGUGGCCAGCUGUCAGGCUAGAGUGGUAGCAACAUAGAGCUCGCUGACAGCUCUAGUGAGCUGCCCUGUAUGGUGACAUGGGAUUGGGCACCUAGGGCCAGCAAGGGAUAAGAAUGGUGGGUGUUGGAGAGUCUAAGUAGGAGAAUGCUGCCUGUCUCCACUAAGCUGUGGUCUCACUCUCCCUGGAGAAGCUGUUUUAUGUGUCUGCUGCCGGCUGCCGGUCUCCACACCCUCAACCGUUCUCAACUCCCCCUGCAGGGAGAAGGCCUCCUGGGCACUGUCCUUCCACCUGUACCAGCCACCCCCUGCCCCACUGCUGAAUGAAGGCCAUUUCAAGUGCUGCUUCUCCCUCAUCCCUCCCAGCUGUUAUUGCUGCAGGGCCACGCCCCUUUUAGCGCUGUGCUUGUCUAGCCCACCAGCACAGCCCCUCUCAGCCCUCAGUAGGUGGGAGGGGCUAGCUGCGGCUUUAGGACAGUUGCUUCCUCUGUUUAGCCAAACUACUCCUCUCCUCCCAAUGGAAUGGAGUUCCUGCCAGCACCACCCUGCUCCAUCAUCUGUGUCAGCAGCACCCCAGUCCUUGUGUAGGGAGGAGGAACUCAUGGGAAGCUGCUCCUGCCCUUGCAAGCGCAUACCAGCGACUUGUAACUGUCUCCAAGGGAACCGGCAUUGCUCUCUAGCCAUUCAUUCUGCAUGAGUACUUUCUUGGCUACCUUAACCGGUCAAGAAAGCAACUUUCCUGCUUGUCAGAGUCACUGAGGUCAGCCGUGUGAGCCCCUGUGUGGGACAAGGGUGUCUCCUUCAUUGCUUAAAGGUAUUUUAUAAGGGUGAUUCAUUAUACAUGGUGGGGAGCCAGAGGCUAGUGUCACUUAAAAAAAAAAAUCACCACUGGUGGCUGGCCCAGUGAGUAUGUGUGUAGACAACCUGUUUACCCCAAAAUAUGGCCAUCUGGGAAGUGGGUUUUGCUGAAAAGAGGUUGCUGGAGUUGACUUAAUUAUCCCCAAACUUUAAAAGAAAGGGAAUUUAACACACAUAUGGACUACCCCAAACCCACCAGCUAUACACUCUAGGAAGAAAAAUAGCACCCUUUUAUACAUUUAGCAAUAAGAGGGAUCUCUUCCCACCUCCCCUGACUAUUCCUACUCCCAUCCCCCACCCUGUUAAUGUGAGCAAUGCAUUAGCCUGACCACAGGUGGUCGCUAUAGGCUAAUGGAAAAUACCCAAAUGGAGGGCAAAGCCCCCAUCAGAUGCAUGAAUGUUUGCGAACGAACGGCUGCCACUGCCCCAUACACUGUGUCUUUCUAGAACCCUCCCUCAGCCACCCCACCUGCCAUCUCCACCUGGACACAACUUGCUCAAAGGCUGGUGACUUGUGGGCCAUUCAUCUACAAGUCCUGAAGGAACAAGAGGCCCAAGCCUCGGGGAUGCAAGAAUGGCCCAUUUUAAAAACGUUGUUAGUCCCAGCCGACGUUUUUGGUGAUAUUCCAGUUUAGUUUCCCAAUUGAAAACAAGCCAAACAGACACUCAGACUGGUCAUGUAGAUGUUGCUAGCCUCUGUUGUACAACUAAACAUUACUGUUUGAACAAUAA